AACAGCACAGCCUCGGCCAGACCGAGGGGGAGAGGUUCUGGCUCUGGUCUGUUUGGGGGGGUGGAGAGAGAGAGAGAGAGAGAGAGAGAGAGAGAGAGAGAGGGAGGGUCGAUGUGCUCAUGCCAGUCUACCACCGUCAUGCUUGUCCAUGGGUCCUCUAAGCUCCCGCUCCUUGGCCGCUUCCACCCCCGCCACAAUCCUCGCCAUCGAUUCCGUUGCCUCUUGGACCAGAUUGCUCCUUCCUUCUCCGUCUCUUCCUCCGUCAGCUCCGUCGUCUUCACCUCCGCCAACGUCAUCGCCGCCGCUGCCAAGGGAUCCGGCUCGCUCCACGGUGCCGUUGCUUCCGCCAUCACUCAUGUCGCUGUUACCGCUGUCGCCAUCGCCUCCGGUGCUUGUCUCUCUACUAAGGUCGAUUUCCUCUGGCCCAGAGUGGAGGAGCAACCUGGUUCUCUUAUGCUUGAUGGAGUUGACGUGACCGGCUGCCCAAUAUUCAACGAUUCCAAGGUUCGGAAGGCCAUUGCAUUUGCCAAGAAAGCCCAUCACGGGCAGUUGCGUAGAACAGGAGACCCUUAUCUGACCCACUGCAUCCACACUGGAAGAAUCUUGGCAAUGUUGGUCCCUUCCAGCGGCAGACGAGCAGUUGAUACAGUUGUGGCCGGGAUCCUCCACGAUGUGGUCGACGAUACAUGUGAAAGUUUGCAGAGCAUCGAAAAAGAAUUUGGUGAUGAUGUAGCAAAACUGGUAGCAGGUGUGUCCAGGUUAAGUUAUAUCAAUCAGCUACUCAGGAGACACCGUCGAGUAAAUCUGAGCCAGGGUAACUUUGGUCAGGAGGAGGCAAAUAAUUUACGAGUUAUGCUCCUGGGCAUGGUUGAUGAUCCACGAGUGGUCCUUAUUAAGCUAGCCGAUCGUCUUCACAACAUGAGAACCAUCUAUGCUCUGCCAUUGCCAAAGGCUCAUGCUGUUGCACAGGAGACCUUGGUUAUUUGGUGUUCACUUGCUUCUAGAUUGGGCCUCUGGGCAAUGAAAGCUGAACUGGAAGAUCUCUGUUUUGCAGUUAUUCAGCCGCAUGUGUUCCGGAAGAUGCGAGCUGAUCUAGCCUCCAUGUGGAGCCCGACCAACAAAGCAGGAAAUCAGAGAAGAAUACUAGCAAGAGCCAGCGUUUCACCUUUUGAUGAGAACAAUGGGUCUAUAAAUUGCGACGGGAGCUUUCCUAUGGAUGAAAACACAAAAACUAUGAAGGAUCUCUUGGAAGCUGUAGUGCCUUUCGAUAUCUUGUUAGAUCGGAGAAAAAGAAGCAAGUAUAUUAUGGACAUUGGAAAGAAUUCUGAGAAGCUCAUAAAACCUAAGGUUGUUAGAGACGCUGCUGUUGCCUUGGCAUCUAUGGAUGUGUGUGAGGAAGCACUGGAGCGCGAGCUGCUAAUAUCAACUUCGUAUGUUCCGGGAAUGGAGAUUACUCUUUCUAGUCGGCUUAAAAGCCUGUAUAGCAUCCACAGCAAGAUGAAACGUAAAGAUGUCAGCAUUAAUAAAGUAUACGAUGCUCGUGCACUGAGAGUUGUCAUUGGAGACAAGAAUGGAAGCUUGCAUGGUCCAGCAGUUCAGUGCUGUUAUAGUUUCCUUGAUAUUGUCCACAGGCUCUGGACCCCCAUUGAUGGCGAAUUUGAUGACUACAUAGUGAACCCAAAGCCUAGUGGUUAUCAGUCUCUGCAUACAGCUGUACUAGGUCCUGACUGCUCGCCUCUGGAAGUUCAAAUAAGAACUCAGAGGAUGCAUGAAUAUGCUGAACAUGGACAUGCUGCACAUUGGCUCUAUAAAGAAAAUGUGAAUUGGAUGCCCUCAGUUAGCAAUGCGGGCAAAUCUGAGUCCACCUAUCUUGCAAGACAUAUUGAGGAUCGGGAUACAGUGGAAGAUCAAGAUGAUUUGUUUCAAAAGUAUGGUUCCUUGAAAGCUGGACAUCCAGUUCUUAGGGUAGAGGGAAGUCACUUGCUCGCUGCUGUUAUAAUCAGGGUAGACAAGGGUGGAAAAGAAUUAUUAGUAGCUGUAAGCUUUGGAUUGGCAGCAUCGGAAGCAGUGGCCGAUCGAAGAUCUUCAUUCCAAACUAAGCGUUGGGAAGCUUAUGCAAGAUUAUACAAAAAGGUGUCUGAUGAGUGGUGGUGUGAACCAGGACAUGGGGAUUGGUGCACUUGCCUUGAAAAGUACACCCUUUGUCGAGAUGGUAUGUACCACAAGCAAGACCAAUUUGAGCGCCUCCUCCCAACCUUCAUCCAAAUCAUUGAUCUGACAGAGCAAGAAGAAUCUGAGUACUGGAGCAUUGUCUCAAACGUUUUUGAAGGGAAGGAGAUUGAGUCUGCCAAAUCAAGACCGACCACAGGAUCUAUCACUUCAUCUUCCAUGGAAAUUGGCAUCAAUAACAAGGUGCAACUGCUGAGGACGAUGCUGCAGUGGGAAGAGCAGCUCCGUUCUGAAGCCAUCAGUAGCCACCAGAAGCAAGGUAGAAUACCAUAUAGUGAGCCUAGUGAGCCCAUUAGCCUCGGUGAAGUGGUAAUAGUAUGCUGGCCCCGGGGCGAUAUAAUGAGGUUGAGAAGUGGGAGCACUGCAGCAGAUGCUGCUAGGAGAGUUGGGCUGGAAGGAAAGCUGGUGGUGGUCAAUGGGCAGCUGGUACUUCCGAGUACUGAGCUCAGAGAUGGCGAUGUGGUAGAAGUCAGGCUGUGACUAGGAGCUUGCAGUGGAUGAUCUGAUGAAAAUACUUGUGCAUAUAGAAGAAGAGGAUUACAUAAGUUCAUCAACGAGCUCUGUUGCUGGACAAGGAGCCACCGCUAAAUUGAAACACUCGUAGAGCCACAAGGUUCCAAUUUUUCCUAUAGGGAAAUGUGAGGCACUGCAGUUGGAUUUUUAUGUACAGACCACUUCGGAAUUCUUUAAAAGAACUUGUAUGAAUAAUAUGUACAUAUAUAUUAUACAUAUUGUAAGACAGCUGAUGAGUGGAGAAAGAAGCUUAGAAUUGCUGAUUGAUUUGUAAAGAUUAGUUAUACUUCCCUUUGUGUGCAAGAAUUCAAUCUAGUAAGGAUAAUUCAAUUGAA